AUCCAUUUCCCUCUCUUUUUUAAUGGAACAAUGAGCAGAGUCUCUUGCGUAUUCACGAAAAAGAAAGCCUUCAGGUCGCCCUCACCGGCUUCGUAUUUCAAAUACGGCCUUUCGAUUGAUAGAACCCGUCUUUGCCGAUCGGCCUAUAUAUACUGUUCCACCCCUUUCCUUCCCACCUCCCAAAUUCCAAGCUUGCUACACAUUCUUUGCAAAUUUGCAACUAGAUAUAGCCUGCGAGGUUUUGUGCGCAAUGGGCAUGGCUGACAAGAGGUCGGCUGCAAGGAAGGCCGGGCUAAUCACCAAGGCACUGGACCGGUGCUGGACCGCGCCGGUGAGAAACAGCAAGCCGGUGGAGGGCUGCUUCUCGGUGUAUGUUGGCGCCGGGAGACAGCGUUUCGUGGUGCGGACAGAGUGCGUGAACCACCCGCUGUUCCGAGCGCUGCUGGAGGAGGCCGAGGAGGUGUUUGGGUACGCGGACGCAGGGCCCCUCGAGCUUCCCUGCAACACUGAGGCGUUCGCCGGGGUCCUGCAGCAGAUCGAGGAGGAGAAGCAGAUGGCAGCGGGAAGGAGGUACGGCCUUGUCAGGAGGAACUCCUACCGGGUGCUCGGGACCGGCCGGUCUGUCAUUAUCGGACGGUCGUAGCAUAGAAAUUGGAGUGGAAUUGGAUGAUGCCGAGUUGAUGAGCUCUAAAGUUUCUGUUGAGCAUUCCCAUUAUGAUAAACAACACCAUCAUAUACUGGGCAAUGUUAGAUAUUUUUCUUCUUCUUUUUUCUAUUUUUGUAAGGUAAUGCUAGAUGUUGAUGUGUGUUCCCAUCCUAAGUUGUAGUAACUGUUGGUGAAAGUGUUAUACAGAUGCACAUUCGAACCUGUAACUCUUGUGAAGUCCAUAUAUGGCACAAUGUCGCAACUCCAAAGUGGAAUCGCGCAAUUCAAUUCAUCCCACACUGAUUGCAAGUGGUUUAAUGGAACUACACUAAGAUGAAUCAACUAUGGUGUUUCUCCGCAGAUCAUCUGCAUGCAAGUAUCCACUGAUUUGCUACCAAAUUUAUUUUAAGUCCAUUUACACACAGGAUUACAGAGCCUCGACACAAAUGUCAAUUUAAUCCACCAAGAGAAACAUGUUUGCCGGCUAGACACUUCACACACCAAUGGAGUUUUGGCAGCAAUUAAUCUAAUAUCUACAAAAACUAACCACAGACAAGGACCAUAAACAGGAAAACUCAGUUAUAUACGUAUGGCUAAAAGGUAGGCAAAAAAUCAAUGAGCAGUAGUUUAGUAGAUGAUGUAAUCAGGA